UUUUGUGUAUGUUAUUGAAAAGUGCAAAGUCCAUUUUGUUUCUUCAUUGUUCUUUCUUCUUCCAUUUUCAAUAUGGGAAAACAGAGCACAGAAACAAAAUCCUCUGUUUCGGACCAAACAAAAUUCUCUGUUCUCAAUGUCAUCGACCUUUCAAAUACAAACAUUAACCAAUCCGUUAAUUCACUCAAACAGGCAUGUUUGGAUUCUGGUUUUUUCUAUGUUGUAAACCAUGGAAUAAGCCAAGAAUUCAUGGACAAGGUUUUUGAACAAAGCAAGAAAUUUUUUGACCUUCCAUUAAAGGAAAAAAUGGAGAUUCUUAGAAAUGAAAAACACAGAGGAUACACCCCUGUUCUUGAUGAGCUUCUUGAUCCUGAAAAUCAAAUUUAUGUAGGAGAUUACAAAGAGGGUUUCUAUAUUGGAGUUGAAGUAUCUGAAGAUGACCCAGAAUCAAAUAAACCUUUUUAUGGACCUAAUAAAUGGCCUGCACCAGAUGUUCUUCCAGGGUGGAGGGAGACUAUGGAAAAGUACCAUAGAGAGGCAUUAGAAGUUGGGAAAGCAGUUGGAAAGAUAAUAGCCCUUGCACUCGACUUGGAUGCCGAUUUUUUUGAUAAGCCAGAAAUGUUGGGAGAGCCGAUUGCAACUCUACGUUUGCUACACUAUGGAGGUCAAACCUUGGAUCCAUCGAAAGGAUUAUACGGAGCUGGAGCUCAUACUGACUAUGGUUUAGUUACGCUGUUAGCAACGGAUGAUGUCUCGGGUCUUCAAAUAUGCAAGGAUAGGGAUGCUAAACCUCAGAAAUGGGAGGAUGUGCCACCAAUGAAGGGAGCAUUCAUAGUGAAUCUCGGUGACAUGCUUGAGCGCUGGAGCAACGGUGUUUUCAAGUCCACAUUGCAUAGAGUUCUAGGAAAUGGUCAAGAGAGAUAUUCUAUUCCAUACUUUUUGGAGCCUAGUCAUGAUUGUUUAGUGGAAUGCUUGCCGACGUGCAAAUCGGAUACUAACCCUCCCAAAUAUCCUCCUAUCUUAUGCAGGGAUUACUUGAGGCAACGCUAUAAUGAUACUCAUGCUGAUUUGAAUAUUUACAAGAAACAACAAUCUUAAGUAGAAUUAGUGAGACUUUGGAGCUAAGAACCCUAGAGAUAAUUUUAUUUCUUAGCUUUGUCAAUUUCUUUAAGCUUUUUUAAUUGCAUAAUUUUAUAUGUAAUAUAGAGUUUGUUUAAUCAGUAAAAUAAUUUUAUUUUAGGGG